AUGGAGGUUCCCAAGCGGUACGACCCGAUUGCAUGUCUUCGUCGAUUGCGACUGAUUGAAAACAGUGCUAUCAAGUUCUCCGCAAAUGACUCCUUCACGCAGUUCUAUCAACGCCUCUUCUCAGCCCCAAGCCUGACCCAACCUCUCGCCAUCCUCACCGGUGCCAGCGCUGGCGCAACCGAGUCUCUUGUUGUCGUUCCCUUCGAGCUCCUCAAGAUCCGACUUCAAGACAAGACAUCUGCGUCACGCUACAAUGGGCUGCUCGACUGUCUUGUCAAGGUAGUCCGCCAAGAAGGUCCAUUGGCGUUGUACAACGGCUUUGAAGCCACGUUAUGGCGACAUAUAGUAUGGAAUGCCGGGUACUUUGGCUGCAUCUUCCAGGUACGGGCUCAGCUGCCUGCCCCGGCAACCUCGAGCAAUCCAAGAAAGCAGAAGAUGGGGAACGACCUCAUAGCAGGGUUCGUAGGAGGUGUUGUAGGGACGACGUUCAACACACCACUAGAUGUUGUCAAGAGUCGUAUACAGAGCGUUGCCAAGACGCCUGGUGUAAGGCAGAAGUACGCUUGGGCGUGGCCGAGCUUGGGGGUUGUUGCGAGGGAAGAAGGGUUCAGAGCGUUGUACAAGGGCUAUGUGGCGAAGAUCUUAAGGUUUGGACCUGGUGGUGGCGUAUUGUUGGUGGUGUAUUCCGCAGUGUUGGACAUGUUCGCCAAGGUGGCAUAG